GGCUCCAUCCAGGCCAGCGCGUCCUCCGGGCCCCGAUAUUCAACACGCAGAGGUGUUGCAGCCUCGAGGGGCUCAGAGAAGAAGAGUGUCUCAGAUUCAUUCUUAAGGAACUGAGAACUUAAUCUUCCAAAAUGUCAAAAAGACCAUCUUAUGCCCCACCUCCCACCCCAGCUCCUGCAACACAAAUGCCCAGCACACCAGGGUUUGUGGGAUACAAUCCAUACAGUCAUCUCGCCUACAACAACUACAGGCUGGGAGGGAACCCGGGCACCAACAGCCGGGUCACGGCAUCCUCUGGUAUUACGAUUCCAAAACCCCCAAAGCCACCAGAUAAGCCACUGAUGCCCUACAUGAGGUACAGCAGAAAGGUCUGGGACCAAGUAAAGGCGUCCAACCCUGACCUAAAGUUGUGGGAGAUUGGCAAGAUUAUUGGUGGCAUGUGGCGAGAUCUUACUGAUGAAGAAAAACAAGAAUAUUUAAAUGAAUACGAAGCAGAAAAGAUAGAGUACAAUGAAUCUAUGAAGGCCUAUCAUAAUUCCCCCGCAUAUCUUGCUUACAUAAAUGCAAAAAGUCGCGCAGAAGCUGCUUUAGAGGAAGAAAGUCGACAGAGGCAGUCUCGCAUGGAGAAAGGAGAGCCCUACAUGAGCAUUCAGCCGGCAGAGGAUCCAGAUGAUUACGACGAUGGCUUUUCAAUGAAGCAUACAGCCACCGCCCGUUUCCAGAGGAACCACCGCCUCAUCAGUGAGAUCCUGAGCGAGAGUGUGGUGCCAGAUGUCCGGUCCGUUGUGACCACAGCUAGAAUGCAGGUCCUCAAGCGACAAGUACAGUCCUUAAUGGUCCAUCAGCGAAAACUAGAAGCUGAACUUCUUCAGAUAGAGGAACGACACCAGGAAAAAAAGAGGAAAUUUCUGGAAAGCACAGAUUCAUUCAACAAUGAACUGAAGCGGUUGUGUGGUUUGAAAGUGGAAGUGGAUAUGGAAAAAAUAGCAGCUGAAAUUGCUCAGGCAGAGGAACAGGCCCGGAAAAGGCAGGAAGAAAGGGAAAAAGAGGCGGCCGAGCAAGCCGAGCGCAGCCAGAGCAGCAUCGUUCCUGAAGAGGAGCAGGGAGCGAAGACUGAGGAAAAGAAAGAAGACGAGAACAUUCCAAUGGAGACAGAGGAGACCCACCUAGAGGAGACCACAGAGAGCCAGCAGAAUGGCGAGGAGGGCACCUCGACUCCUGAGGACAAGGAGAGUGGGCAGGAGGGGGUGGACAGUAUGGCGGAGGAAGGGACCAGCGACAGCAACACAGGGUCCGAGAGCAACAGCGCGACCGUGGAGGAGCCGCCCGCAGAUCCCAUUCCAGAGGACGAGAAAAAGGAAUAAAUGUUGCCUUGUUUUAUGUGUUCUAAAUGCUUUUUUAAAUGAGGGGGGAAAAGAAAAGUUUUUUUGAGUUUUAAUGGUGUUAUGUGAUUUGUGAAUUGAUAUUUUUUUUGGUCGAGAUCACACCACCAAAGGCUUUUGGACUAUUCAGCAUCAUCGCCUUUUCCUUCAGCACUUGUGAAGAUGGUUCUUUUCUUUGGAUCUUGUUUCUGGCCCUCAGCUGCUGAAAGCCUGAGAAUCUGACUUAACUGAGAGAUCGCCCACCUCUUUUCAAGAAGUAGUAGACUACAGAAUCUACUCUUAACAGUUGCCUUCCUACAGCUCACUCGGGUGCUGACCCAGGCCAUAGCUUUAAACUUUCCUUGUCCCUGUCAAGGGCUUCCUACAAGUCCCUUCCACAAAGAGUAGCUUCUUGAAAAAUGUCUUCAUAUGUGAGUAUGUAUUUGGUUACUUACUCUUCCUUAUGUUUAAUCAAUAUCAGAUACCAGCUUUGUUCAAAAGUUUAGUAUACCUGCAACCACAUUUGGAUUCUAUUGAUCCAAGAAGUUUUUUUUUUCCAUAAUUCAUUACUAGGUUUGAAGUAGUCAUUAAAGCGAACGUGACUAGGCUUUUUGUAGUUAAUAUUGGCUGUUCUUCAAUUCGUCCUUAUUAUACAGAAAAAAAUGCUGUGUUUAUUUUUACCAAGUUUUCCAAAGACUGAUCACAAAGCUGAAGGAAAUUGACUAUUCUUGCAAUGGACUAGAUAGUUCAAAAUGAUUAGCCUCUUCCUGACAGUGGGGAAAUAAGUUCACAUGCUUGAAAUUAUUUUACAAUAAUUAAAACAUUCAAAACCUCAAGGUUCGGAUCUUUGUAGAUCAGAACCUACCUUUUUGAUAAACUCUUAGUAAAAAGUCUUGAAGACUAGAGGCAAGGUAGUUUGUGACACUUACGCUUCCCAAAACUAGGGUAGAUUUUUACUAAAUAGUGGAAUAUCUGAUGGUAUAUGUUUCUUAAAAGUCCAAAUGUAAUAAAAAAUAAAUGGAUAAAAUAA